CGGCCAUAUUAGCUCGAGCGCAGUGUUUGUUUUGUCAGUGGAAGCUGCGCUUGGCUUCGGCGAAUCCGUCCCUCGGCGGCAGAACAACGGGCGGAUUUUAGCCGUUACGCGAUACUCUCGCAUUAAUCUCAUCGUAUCUGGUUGCGAGGCAUCGUUCCCCGUCAUCGCUGCCCGACCGUUGCGCCGCUCCCGUUUACCCCCCCGUUCGGCCUCUCUUCACCCCCGGGCCACGGCCCGCACGACUGGGUGUCAGUCGUACACGGGACACAGUGAGCUUGAGAACAUCACGCCGCCACCGUCAGCAGCACCAUGGCGUGCGCCACACUCAAAAGGUCCUUGGAGUUCGACCCGGUGCACAGCCAUGGCCGGCCCAACAAGCGACGGAGAUGCAUACCGAUGUCGUGCGCGUCGCCCGGUACGUCCGCAUCGUCGCCGCGCGGCUGCCCGCUGCCACAGAAGACCUCGCCGUUCGACGAAAUAGCCUGCAAAUUGACGCCUGAAAAGAUGGCUGCCAACAUCAGAGAAGAAAUUCGCAGAUUGCAUCGACGUAAGCAAUUACACUUUCAUCCACAAACCAGUGGCGGGGAUUCAUCAGAUAUGGAGGGCCCAUCUAGUCCUUCCAGCCCAUCUGCCUCUUCUUCAACUCCCUUUAGUCAUAGCUCUAGCGGAAAGGAAAAACCCCUUUUCACAUUUAGACAGGUUGGCUUGAUUUGUGAGCGAAUGCUCAAAGAACAAGAAACACAAAUUCGAGAAGAGUACGAUCAGAUCUUACAUAUAAAGCUCUCCGAACAGUAUGACGCUUUUGUUAAAUUCACAUAUGAUCAGAUACAAAAGAGAUUCGAGUCUGCAGCCGCACCAAGCUAUCUAUCAUAAAAAAAGGAUUCUUAUUUAUAAGGAGACUUAUGUGAGGAAAAUAUUAGAUUUCUACUGUGAGACAAAUUUGCUUGUGUCGAGGUUCACAGCGCCGCCUCGCUCAAAACCAUCACCAAAAGAAUAACACAUGGCAUGGUUUGAACAGCAAAAUGUGGAGUAAGAAGAAAACAAAGGACUAAAAUAAGGAAGAAAAAAAUAACGAUUAGCAGCGUAAGUUUGUAGAAAAGAAAAGAUUUGCGGCGAACUGCAAACAUACUACGAAAAUUUAUCAUGUAUACCUUCGAAACUAACAAUAUUUGUACUGUUCGACAUUAGAAGUGCGCUGGUAUCAGGGAACUGAUUCUACUUAUGUACAAAUGUUAUUACAGUUAAAAGUACGAUAUAUGUACACAGUGCAAGACUAUAGUAUGAGACUUGAUAUCCAGCUGAGAGAGAGAGAGCGAGAGAGAGCUGAGAAAUUUUCCUCCUAGCUUGUUACAUGGAUAUAUUUUCUUCUUAACUCCUUUGAGACAUUAUAAAAUACAGAUGGAAAUUUUAGAAAUUACGUACAUUUUGAGAUAGAAUAUUAUGUCGAAUGUCAAACAAGGUAUAUACCAAAAUUUUCCUUUGUUUUGGCGCUGCGGCAGUUUAGAUAUUGCUCAAGUAUAUAUACGAUAACUAAUGAUCGGAUUAUCUUAGCGCAAAUGUUGUAUAACAUGCAUUUUGCAAAUUUUGAGGCAGGAAAUAAUAAUUACGUAUAUGUUAAAAAAAAAAAAAAAAAAGAUUGCCUUUUUCGACUUGCUCUGCGAGGAGCAAAACGUUUAGAAUUCAAUGUAUAAUUGCGUAAAUUAAGGAAUUUAAAUAAUUUUAUGAAUUAUUUGUAAUUAAAAUUUACAAAAGAUAUAUUAAUAUGUUACAUAAUAUAACUUAUUUCGACUAAUUUGCAGUGAGUUCUAAUUCUAUGGGUUUUUGUUUGGCUGGAAACUUCGCUAAUCAAUAUAAGCAUAAAGUUAAUUACGAAAUUGAAUAUUUUACUGAGAUGUUAUUUUUGUUGCAGUUACAAUUUUUAUUUCAUCUUUUGUUGGAAAAUUUGUUGUAAAAAGAAAAACAGACGAUCUCAUUUAAAAUAUAAAGUUAUGAGAGCUGUAAAAGUGUCGAGAUAAUACUGUAGAUUAUAGUAGGCAUUGUACGAAGGCAUUGUGAAGUAUAAGUAUUUGGAAUAAAGAUUUCAUAAAAUCUCGUCAGCAUUUCUGUUCCCUGGUAGCAACGAAUUUCUGUAGUUGUAAUAAAAAGUGCUGAAUAUAAUUAUA